AUGGGCUACCAGGGCCGGCAGCCUGUCAUCCCGCCGCAGGUAAACUGGCGACUGGGGCAGGCUCUGAAGCCAGUUAAUUCACCUUGCAACAGGUCAGCUGCCUUUACCUGGAGUCUUGUUGAUCCUGAAAACUUGUUUGUUGGUCGCCACUUCGUAAUUAUGAUUUCCACGGUUACCUUUACUCUGCCUUUAUCCUUGUACCGAGAUAUAGCAAAACUUGGAAAGAUCUCCCUUAUUUCUACAGUUUUGACAGUUCUGAUUCUUGGAAUUGUAAUAACAAGGAUGGUUUCAUUGGGUCCAUACGUACCAAAAACAGAUGAUGCCUGGGUAUUUGCAAAGCCUAAUGCCAUUCAGGCUGUUGGGGUUAUGUCUUUUGCAUUUAUUUGCCACCAUAACUCCUUCUUAGUUUACAGUUCUUUAGAAGAACCCACGGUAGCUAAGUGGUCCCGCAUCAUCCAUACAUCCAUCAUGGUUUCCACGUUUAUCUGUAUGCUCUUUGCUACAUGUGGAUACCUGUCGUUUACUGGCUUCACCCAAGGAGACUUAUUUGAAAAUUAUUGCAGAAGUGAUAAUCUGGUAACAUUUGGGAGAUUUUGUUAUGGCAUCACUGUCCUUUUGACAUAUCCGAUGGAAUGCUUUGUGACUAGAGAGGUAAUUGCCAAUGUGUUUUUUGGUGGGACUCUUCCAUCAGUUUUCCACGUGGUUAUAACGGUGGUUAUCAUUACUAUAGCCAUGCUUGUGUCAUUGCUGAUUGACUGCCUUGGAAUAGUUUUAGAACUCAAUGGUGUGCUCUGUGCGGCUCCCCUAAUUUUUAUCAUUCCAUCAGCAUGUUAUCUGAAACUGUCUGAAGAACCGAGGACACACUCAGAUAAGAUUAUAUCCUGCGUCAUGCUUCCCAUUGGUGCUGUGGUGAUGGUUUUUGGAUUCGUCAUGGCUGUCAUAAAUCCUCAAGACUGCACCCACGGCCAGGAAAUGUUCUACUGCUUUCCUGACAAUUUCUCCCUCACGAAUAUCUCAGAUUCUCAUUUUCAACUGACGACACAACUUUCAACUUUAAAUAUCAGUAUCUUUCAAUGAGUUAACUGCUUUAGAAAAUAUAUGUUUUCUUAGACUUCUACACUACAUAACAUUUACACAUGUUUUCGUCUCUAUUUGUAUUAUAAAAUUAUCAUUUUGGCAUUUA